GAACAAGCAAUACAAGUAAAAUAAGCUAAGGAAGUCCAAUGAGAAGUGUUUUCCACUGCAAACAAUCCUUGAGAAACUUUAGAAGUAAGCACCAACAUAUUUUCUUCUAUAAAUAAACCACACUUCAAGUCAAUAGUACACUCAAGCCACAACACAUUCAAAUCAAAUAUUGUACAAAAAAUCCAAGAUGGCCACAAAUCAACCAAAUUUCUACUUUCCAUUUCCACAUCUCCCUCCUCCACCUUCCCACCCCCUCAAUCCUCCGCCAUCACCUUUCCACCCCAUCAAUCCUCCACCAUCACCUUUCCACCCUUUUAACCCUCCACCACCUCAUUCCAUCAAAUCUCCACCACCAGCACCAUCUCAUUCAUCCCCUCCUCCUCCUCCUCCUCCACGCAGACGCCCUCCACCGCCACCAUCUCAUCCAUUUUCUCCUCCACCACCACACAACCAUCCACCGCCAUCUCCACAUCACCCGAUUGCUCCUUCUCCACCACACGUCCGCCCAUCCCCACCACCACCACUUCCACCUUCUCCCUCUCCAUACCACCCUACAGUCAUUGUCAUUGUCAUCAUUGCAUUUGGUGGCAUUGCCUUGCUCUCCAUGCUUGCUUUUGCAUUAUUUUGCUGCGUUCAAAAGAGGAAGAAGAAACAAGAAACCGAUGUCAUUCAUAUCGAUGAACAUAAAAAGAUUACGGAAAACAUUGUGCCUGGUCCUUUUGGACAACCAACGGUGGUGGUUACAGUUGAAGAUGAUGUUCAUAUUGAUGAAGUAAUUAAAAAGAAUGCAGAAGUUGGUCAUGCUUUACAUGCUGAAGCAUCAAAAGUUGAACCAAAUCAAGACAAUGUUUCUAGUAGCAAUGAAGUGGCAACUACUACUUCUCCUGGUCAUGAACAUGAUCAUCAUCAUAUUCAGCCACAAAUUGAGAACAAGCCUUGAUGUUGGGAAGUGUUGUGUGUAUAUUCCCACAGAGAUAUUAUAUAUCCUCGUACAUGGAUUCAAAACAAAGGAUCCUAUUUCACCUAAAUUACUUUCAUUGAAUAAAUAUCCUUAAUUUGUUUUUAUUUGUUAAUUUUGGUUUAAUAACCAUUCAUUUGUUAAACCUGUGUAUCUAAUUUGAUAUUAAACAUAUCUGAUUAUUGCCUCAAGUUUUUCUUGUUA